AUGUGUUCAAAGCUUGCUUCAUUCUCCGACUGCGCUUCUUUACCUCCAGCAGAGGGCCUGACUGGAGCCAUUCGUGUAGAAGAUCUCGACCAGCCACAGCGCAAGGAAAGGCGCCACUUUCCGGUGAGCGGGGCCCGUCUCCAGGAAGUCGGCGGUGGUUGCUGUGUAUUAACACGAGAACAGGCUAAGAAAGCUGCAAGUAUUCCACCACGAAUUGCACAGGAGGCAGAGAAGAUGCUGAAGGAAAUGAAGGAGCUGCAAGCUGAAAUUGAAUUCAUCCAGCUAGAAAUUAGAAAGAGAGAUGCUCGAAUUGCGACAUCAAAGUCUGAGAAGGAACUUUUCUACAGAAAUCUUUGUUCAGCACAAGAGUCUAGUUCCAGAGAGAAGAGAUUGUUGAUGGAGGAAAUGGUCCAAAUGAAGAAAGUAAAGGAAAUUGCUAACCAGGACAUAGCUUAUAAAGAGUCUGAACUGGUGAAAAUCAAACAGGAACUGGAAAGGACAACUGCUGCAGCAAAAGAUGGAAUACGUCAAGUCUGGUUGCUAGAAACACAGCUCAAUCAGCAUGUUGAGAAGCACCAAGCUGCAGAAGUUCAGCUUGGAGAAAAAAAGCUGGAAUUGUUAAAGGCCCAAGUUGCCCUUCAUCAGUGUGAGGAGAAGUACUACACCAGUACUGUGUCCAUGCAAGACCACGUCGCUACAGAACUGCGAAAUGAAAUCAGCAGUCUGCAGCAGAAGCUGAGGGAACAAGAGGUGUUGGCAGAGGAAGAUAAGUUUCUCAGAAGUAAAGAGGCUGAUGACUGUAGCCGCUUGACAAAAGAAAAUGCUGUUUUGCACUCUCAGGUGGUGGAACUAACACAAGAUUUGGAGAGAGCUCAAGCAGCUAUAGAUGAGAAGAAUUCUCAGCAUUCGAACAGCAUCACACAAUUAACUUCUCUAAAGGAGAAUGAGAGAUGGCUUGAAUUGGAAUUAGCCUUUUUAAAAAGAGUUAUUGAGGAAGAGGAGAAGAAGGUUGUCAAUGCCAUGGAGCAGCUUCAACAUCUGGAACAAGGAAAGAGCUCUGUAGAGCUGAACAGGCAAUCACUUCAGAACCAACUAGCUACAUUGGAGAAACAACAUUCCAGUAUCAAGCUGGAAAACUCCCAUCUCAAGAGAGAGAAAAACAAUUUGGUUGAACACAUCUCUGAAUUACACAAACAGAUCUCUGAAAAAGAUGUUGAAAUUCUUCGAAUGAAAGGAUACAUUCAUACACUAGCUCAGGACCUGGGCAGCCUGAAAUCUCAACUCAAGAUGGAAAGUUCUCUUCGCUCAGAAAGUUGCAAGGAAAUUUCUAGCAUUGCUGACACCAUGAAACAAGUUGCAAAUACUAUGAACAGAAGGAACAAUGAAAACACUACAGUUCUUUCCUAAUUUUUCAAAAUGAUACAUGCUAUUUUAAGGUUUGAGCAUCUA